GAAUAGUUUUCCAUAUUUUUAAAUUAAGUGUUUGAUGCUCUAAUUAUUAUUAAGUUAUUUCGCAGCUGUUGUAAGCUGCUCUUCUGCGCUUUAACAAACUAAUAAAUAUAAUAUGGAAAAUACCCUUAAUCUCAGGGUUGCACUUCAGCUCAUCAGCUGUUUUGGAAAGAUUAAAAAUAUUAAAAAAGGAAUAAAUAAACAAAAAAGUCUUCGUAAUGGUGGAUUCAAGCGUAAGAAAUGUUAAUUACCUCCAACUGCGCAAUGUACUUUCUAGAUUAAAUAAUCUUGAUAAUUACUACAACAAAGACGAAUUAAAGGAGAAAUUGGAGACUUUGGAGGAUUCCCUAAAACUAUGUGGGCACUUGACAAUUGCUCUCAAAGAAGACUUGAGUCUGGAAGAGUUAUCUUCUUUAUAUACUGUUGCAAUUAUGCUCCUUUUACUUGGAGAUCUUGAAUUACUAAGUGUACGCCUUGAACUUCUCAAUGAAUGUUUCAAUUAUGCAGAUAUGUUAAAGCCAACUAUGAUUGACUUUGUGACAAGGGAAUUAUUAGAUAAUUUCAAAUUCACUGCCCGCCUUGAGGAGAACAAUAAAGAUUAUGAUUACAUGCUUUAUUUGUUAACUGCUCUACCACAUAUGAUCACAGCAAGUGAAACUGGAAAAAUGAUAUCUCUGGGACUAUUGCGAGCAUUUAUCUCUGAGUUGAGCAAUCCUGAAUCGGACAUAAUUAUGCAUAUAUAUCGAAAUAUUUCAGAAAUAUGGCAAAUGAUAAAGCCACUUAAAGUUGAUGUUAUUGUGGUUGAAUGGACCUUGUGCAAAAUAUAUACUCUCGUCAAGAGUUUUGGAUUAAUUUUGGCUACAGCUGCUCUAAAUACGAAUAAUGCAGCUUUAAAACAAGCCGGCUAUCGGGGUUUUGAAUUGCCUCAAGUAGAGACUCAAAUUGAAAUAUCUGAAUGGUUCAAAACGCUGCGAAACAAAAUGAACGACAAGAACAAAACGGAAAAAACUAAGUCGAUCUUUAUGUUGGUGCGCUUCAUUGACUUUAAUAUCUUGAGUUCUUUAGCAGAAGCCGCGAAUGAAGUAGCUUCCGAAACUGGGAACGAUCCACCAGCGUCGUAACUACAUUACUUAAAUGUGACAGUUUUGAUCUUAUACAAUUUCUCAUUUAUUACUUUUAGCUUAUACAAUGUAUUUUUCCAUUUAUAUAUUUUAAAAUUUUACAUACAUUAAAUAUGCAAUCUAUUUGAAUUUUUUUCCACUCUUACGCAAAGGGGCAUCCACUGCAAUCACUGCAUUGUUAUAAUACUUCGAUGAGAUUCGAUUGAUGAAAUAUAGUCCGACCAAAGAGAACAUAAUACUGAAACCAAUUAAAAUAUAUUGACCAUUAUCUGUAGCCAAAUAAUAAUCAGGAUUUUAAAAUAUAUGGCUAACUGAAUAAGAUUUAUAGGGAAAAUUUAGUUGAAAAUACAUUUCUUAUAUAUUACAGAAUUAGAGAACUCGGCAUUUUUAUGAACUGACAGAUGGAAAUGAUGAAUUUUUGAUUACCAAUGGGGCGUUGUAUUUUCUUACCUUGUUGUGGCACAAACGCGAUGAACGACGCCGGCUGCCGCUGCUGUCAACGAUAGGCAGAGAAUAAUUUCGGGGACAAGUUUUGCUUGGAAAUCGGGACCGAAUAUCAACAUCUCGGCAUUUGAUAUACAAGUGAGGCUUAAUAUGAAGAGCCAGGAAAACAAGUA